AUGGCGGCCUCCAAUGGCUAUGCGAGCGGCAGUCCCGGCGAGCGAGUGGCCAAGGUAGUCUUCGUUCGCCACGGAGAAAGCCAAGGCAAUGCGAAAAAUGUGUAUACCGGCUGGGACGACACGCCUCUCAGUGUCCGAGGAGAGCAAGAGGCCGAGGAGGUGGGUCUUUGCCUGAAAGCCAGAGGGCUGAAAUUCGACGCGGUCUUUACCUCUGCGCUCCAGCGGGCGAUAAAGACGGCAGAGCUGGCCACCCGUGUGUCUGGAAACACCUCCGCACCCCUCGACAAGUCCUGGCGGCUGAAUGCACGUCACUCCGGUGGACUUCAAGGAUUGACACAAGCCGAAGCAGUUGCACUGUAUGGCGAGUCCAAUGUUACGCACUGGAGAAGCAGCUACGACGUCCUGCCAGCUUGUGUCGAGCGUGAGGAUCCGCGGCACCCCGCAAACGACUCGAAGUACGCCGACGUGCCGCCGGAGCAGUUGCCUCCUGGUGGAGAGUCACUCGCCUGCACAGUGCGACGGGUGGUGCCGCAUUGGCAGGAGAAGAUCGUGCCGCGAAUCCGCGCGGGAGAGUCUGUGCUGGUAGCUGCGCACAAGAAUUCACUGCGUGCGCUGUGGAAGUACUUGGAGAACGUACCAGAUGAAGAUGCCUUGGACAUCAAGAUGAUGCCUGCGAGUGCACCUUUGGUCAUGGAGUUCAAAGUGCCCGCGGUCGGAAACGAUCUGGUCUUCGUGCAGAAGUACAGUCUGAAUGCCCCCACGUUCAAUCCCAAGGUGCCGGUGGACACGAAGACCACAAACAAGGUGUUCUUCCUUCGCCAUUCGGAAAGCCUGGGGAAUGCGAAAGGCAUCUACGGUGGCUGGGAGGAUGCGGCACUGUCCCUGAAGGGAGAGCAACAGUCGGUUCAGGCGGGCAUUUUGCUGAAAGACCAGGGGGUGAGGCUCGACCACGUUUUCACGUCCGUCUUGCAGCGAUCAGUCAGGACCGCCGAGCUUGUCUGCAAUGCCUCGGACAACGCCGGCAUUCCAAACACAGCUGCUUGGCAAUUGAAUCCCGGCCACUCAGGCGUUCUGCAGGGGCUUACGGAGAAAGAGGCCAUUGACAUGUAUGGCGAAGCGAGAGUCAAGCACUGGCGCGGCAGUGAUGAUGUUCUGCCAGAGUGUGUCGACAAAACAGACCCCAGGCACCCGGCCAACGAUCGUUUGUACAAGGAUGUCCCCCCGGAGGAGCUGCCAGGAGGUGAGUCCCUGACCAUCACAGCAGCCAGAGUUAUCCCGUACUGGACGAAGACCAUUCUUCCACUGCUGACAGGCCAGAAGAGCAUUUUGGUCGUGGCUCACCGCGACUCCCUCCGGGUGCUUUUCGGGCACAUUGAGGGCACCGAAGCCAGCUCUGUCUUCGACGGCACCUCACAGACAGCUCCGUUGUGCUUCGACUUCAGUGAUGACGGCACCUUUGUGAAGAGGUACAGCUUGAGCACCCUGAGCCCGGAGCUCGGAUUGAGUCCUUCACGGCUGGGCCUCACGCGCUUCCACAACCAACCGGGAAGCCAAUACAAGAAGAUCGGAGAGGUUGUCUUCUUGCGGCAUGGAGAGAGUGAGUGCAAUCUCAAGGAGCAAUUUACCGGCUGGGAAGACUCAGGAAUGACACCGAAAGGGGUGAUGCAAGCGAAGAAGGCCGGCCGAUACUUGAAGGAUCACGGCUUCAAGUUCGACGUCGUCUUCACUUCAGUCCUCAGCCGCGCUAUUGAGUCCGCCACGUAUAUCUGUGAGGAGUCGAAUAACACCCAUGCGCCGGUGGUGAAGCACUGGUGUCUCAACGCCCGGCAUCCGGGUGUACUGCAGGGCUUGACGAAGCACCAGGCUAGUGUGCUGUAUGGCAAGGAGAAGGUCAACAUUUGGCGCGGUAGCUAUGACAUCAUGCCGGAGUGCGUCGGGCUGGACGACGUGCGGCAUCCCGUGAAUAAUCCGCUCUAUGCGGGCAUUCCGAAAUCCGAACUUCCUCCAGGUGGCGAAUCCUUGGCGCGGACUGUCGACCGAAUCGUGCCAUACUGGCGAAAGUGUAUCGCCCCUCGGAUCAUGUCCGGUGAGUCCGUGCUCGUGGUGGGCCAUAAGAACUCCCUGAAGGCGCUCUUCAUGUACCUCGAGGACACGUCCGAGCACGACAUGUUCGAUGUCAAGCCAGUCUCGACCACUGCCCCACUGGUGAUGGAGUUUGGAGUGUGCGAGUUCAGCGGGCGGCUGAUGAUUCUGAGAAAGUAUUUUGUGAAGCACACUCUGGAAGAAGGGCUUGCUCAAAGCCGGUGCAUGGAUGGCUCCUUCCACAAGUGA